UAAGGCUCAGUUACGAGAGCGCAACUUCAUUCGCUAGAACUCUUGUCUAUGCACCGCACAUAGUGUUGUAUUCUUUAUAUUAUUAGAAAAUCAUAUAAAAAUAUGGCUUACCGCUUACUGGCCGCAGUCGUGUUUUGUGGGAUAUUUCAAUGCAGCGUCCAAUUAGUACCAUUACCGGACUACAUACACCCGUGCGGAGAGCUGACAGACGAAUGUUUCACCAAAGCGACCCUGGACGCUAUACCCGGAGUUGUCAAGGGCAUUCCGGAAGCUGACAUUCCGCCCUUGGAUCCCCUGUUUAUGGACAGGAACAUUAGUAUAGAACUGCCCGGCAAUUUGAAGAUGACCUUCCAUAAUGCAAAGCUGUCUGGCCUUGGGUCGUGUAUACCGAAUAAAGUAUCGUCCCGUCGUGAGAACCGCACCUUUAUUUUCGACAUGCACUGCAACUUCACCAUCCGUGGGCUGUACAGUCUCAAGGGUCGCCUUCUACUCUUCAAUCUGGACACAGAGGGCGCUGCUAAGAUCAAGAUUUGGAACCAGCACAUCCGCCUGGAAGUAGUGGAGAAGGUGAUCAUCAACAAGAAGGGGGAGGGGCACUACAAGAUCAACUCGUACAAGUACAAGGCGGACUACGGAACCGACCUCAAGAUGAACCUCACGAACCUCAUCAAAGGGAACCCUGAAAUCAGUGCAAAUAUCCUUCGAGUAUUGAACGCAGACUCACAAAUAUUCGCGAACGAAUUUGGCGGCCCUAUCCUAGACUACGCCAUAGAUUACGCAAUGAACGUCACACAGAGGUUCUUCAACACGUUUACCUACGACCAGAUCAGUCGCGUGCCCCUCACAGACGAGUUCUUCGUCAAAGAGUAGCGAUAAAGCAGACGAGAUAGGUUAAGUAGGAUAGCAAUAAAUUUAUUAAUAUUUU